UUGAUUUCAUACUGAGAAUCAUCUCGAGCGGGAAAGGACACAUUCCGAAGCACAUGGUGUAUAUCGCUCGUGGAAAUUUAGAUUAAACAAAACAAAAUGAGUAAAACAGAGAAAAGUAUUGAAUUUGACGAGGAUUAUUUGAGGGAAAAGGAGAAAGCUUUGGUGGAUAGUGACACAUCCUCUGCUGGUAGUAGCCGCAGUAGCUUUGAGAGUGGGGACGAAAAUGUGGGCCGAGGAAACUGGUCAGGGCGCCUGGACUUCCUCCUGUCCUGUGUGGGGUUUGCAGUGGGGCUCGGAAACAUUUGGAGGUUCCCUUACUUGUGUUACCAAAGUGGAGGAGGUGCAUUUUUGAUCCCAUAUGUGAUAUUCCUGAUUCUUUGUGGAAUACCUUUGUUCUUCCUGGAGAUUAGCUAUGGUCAGUUUGCCAGCCUGAGUCCCAUUACUGUGUGGAAAAUUUCACCGUUAUUUAAAGGUGUGGGUUAUGGUAUGGUAAUAAUCUCGGGCAUUGUUUGUGUUUACUACAACAUCAUCAUAACCUGGACCAUUUAUUUUCUGUACCACUCCUUUAAGGCCGUCUUGCCAUGGAGUACGUGCGAUAAUAAAUGGAACACAGAGAACUGCUACAUCCGCGGAGAGAGUAUUCUGCCCAACGCGACUAUCAAUGCGACACUGGGAUACAAUGCGACUGACGUAAACAUUACAGACUUUGAAAUGAUAAAGAAUAAAUCCCUGUCAGAGCACAAGGUCACAGCUAGUGAAGAGUUCUGGCAGAAUGAGGUGUUACAGAUAACAGAAGGUAUAGAGAACCUGGGUGUUGUCCGUUGGGAGCUUCUCAUCUGUCUGGCUAUUGCUUGGAUUGUUGUGUUUCUGUGCUUGUGCAAGGGAGUGAAAUCUUCUGGAAGGGUGGUUUACGUCACUGCUACAUUCCCCUAUCUGGUUCUGAUAAUUCUGUUUAUCCGAGGGGUCACUCUGCCAGGUGCCGGAGCCGGGAUUUACUUCUACCUGGUUCCAGAAUGGGAAAAAUUAGCAACCUUCAAGGUGUGGGGAGAUGCUGCAGUUCAGAUUUUCUACUCUGUUGGAAUGGCCUGGGGAGGUCUUAUCACAAUGGCCAGCUUCAACAAAUUCAACAACAACUGUUACCGGGACGCCAUGAUUGUCCCCCUUAUUAACUGCGGCACCAGUGUGUUUGCCGGCCUGGUCAUCUUCUCUGUCCUGGGGUUCAUGUCUUACGAGACGGGGGUCGAUAUCGAUAAAGUAGUCACCCAGGGACCUGGUUUGACCUUUGUGGCCUAUCCAGAAGCUGUGUCCAAACUCCCCAUCUCCCCCCUGUGGGCUGUACUGUUCUUCCUUAUGUUGUUCACCAUUGGUUUGGACAGUCAGUUUGGCAUGUUUGAGACAAUGACCAGUGCCUUUGUUGAUGAGUUCCCAGGGCUUUUGAAGAACAGAAAAGUUCUCUUCACAGCAUUCUUCUGCUUCAUUGAAUUUCUUCUGGGUAUACCGUGCAUCAUGGAGGGAGGGAUCUAUGUGCUCCAGAUCAUGGACUGGUACUGUGCUACCUUCUCUCUGAUGUUACUAUCCCUGACUGAAUGUGUCGUUAUUGCCUGGAUUUAUGGUGCUGAUAGAUUCUACAAGGAUAUUGAACUGAUGAUCGGUUAUCAGCCUGGCAUCUGGUGGAAGAUUUGCUGGAAGUUCAUCACCCCCAUCACCAUCACUUUCAUAUGGUUGUUCAGUGUGACCCAGUUAAGUCCGGUGACCUACGGAGAUUAUGAAUACCCAGAUGGAGCCAUUGUCUUUGGUUGGAUGCUGGGACUUGUGUCUCUGGUACCUGUCCCUGUGUGUGCACUGAUCGCCAUUUUACGAGAGGAGGGCAAUUUAUUACAACGAAUCAAGAAGUUGGUCCACCACACAGAUGAUUGGGGUCCAGCCGUGGAGAAACACCGAGUCCGAUAUCUACAGUCGUUACAGGACUCUCAGGAAUCCCUGGACUCUGUCGUUUGUACGCCUCUCGUAGAUAUCAAACACAGCACCGCAAAUCCACAGUCCUGAAGUUGUUUGUAAUUAGGACAUUUUCUAGGAUUUGUUGAGGAGUGUCGUUGUUUGUGUGAUUUGUGAGUAGACAAAGUCAGAUCUGGGUGAGAUGGACACGGUUCCAGAUGGAUGCGUUCGAUCGAAAUCCAGACAUAAUG